AUUGGAGAAAACUUCUGACUUCUCACUGCAGCAAACACAAACAUGGAUGCGUGCACUGGAGUGGAGAAAGAAGUGGAAAAAGUUCUCAACAAAUUCGGAGGAAUAAACGAGCAUGCGGACCGAACGCUGAACGAAUUAUGCAGCCACAUAGAAAGUCUGAAGAACAGCAUGGAAGAAGCUCCGUCGCAACACGAGCUCUCGGCGGGCCAGAUUUUAAUUAUCAAACAAGCCGCGUCCAAGGUGAAAGACACUGUCCAACGACUAGCCUCUGACCACCGAGAUCUGCACAGCACCGUCUCCAAAGUCGGAAAAGCCAUCGACAGGAAUUUCGUCUCGGACUUCGCCUCGACCAGCAGGGAGGAGGUUUUUGCGGGGCAGGACAAGGUUGACUUGCUCAACAGGGUCAUUUGCCAGCAUUUUUUUCGCCAAGGCAUGAUUGACAUCGCAGAAGAAUUAGGAAAGGAGGCGGGGUUGCAAACCAGCAUCAGCAACAAGGAGCCUUUCCAGGAGCUCAACCAAAUUUUAGACUGCCUGAAACAGCGAAAUCUCCAGCCAGCGCUCGAGUGGGCAACCUCCCACAGAGAAAGACUCGCAGCCCAAAACUCGUCCCUGGAGUUCAAACUGCACCGGCUGCAGUUCAUCAACCUGGUGGAAAAGGGCGUGAAUCACCAGUCAGAGGCUGUCAACUACGCGCGCACUCAUUUGUCUCAAUUCGUGACGCGCCACGAGAAGGAGAUCCAGAGCCUGAUGGGCGCGCUGCUCUUCCUGCCGCAGGGCCUGCCCGGCUCGCCGUAUAGUCACCUGCUCGACCCCUACGUCUGGGUCGAGAUCCACGAGGUAUUCAUGAAAGACGCGUGCGCCCUGCUUGGCCUGAGCGUCGACAGCCCGCUCUCCGUCUGCAUCAACGCCGGCUGCACCGCCUUGCCAGCGCUGCUCAACAUUAAACAGCAUCCUCUGUUCCGAUUCCAGGUGAUGCAGCAGCGGCAGGUGACGGGCAUUUGGAGCGGCAAGGACGAGCUGCCCAUCGAGAUCGACCUGGGCAAGGAGCACAGGUACCACUCGGUGUUCGCGUGCCCCAUUCUCAGGCAGCAGAGCACGCAGAACAACCCUCCGAUGCGGCUCGUGUGCGGCCACGUGAUCUCGAGGGACGCGCUCAACAAGCUCAGCAGCGGCAGCAAACUCAAGUGCCCCUACUGUCCGGUGGAGCAGAACCCGACCGACGCCAGACAAGUGGUAUUUUGAAAUCUGAACGCCACGCUCUUUGUUAAAGCUGACGAAACUAACUCGAAUUGUGUUGUACUGUUGAUAAUUAUUUGUACUUGUCACACACUACUUGUCCACGCUGCUUGUAACAAGCCCUUUAAAAUGUACAUAGUAUAAAAUAUACAUAUUAUAAUAUAGUUGUCACUCUAUUAAGCUAGAAUUUUGCACCUUGCAGACACCGAAUUUGUUGAUAUGUAUAAUGUUUUAUUUUCGAUUUUAUUUUCAAUCAAGGUACAUGAUGCUGUGAAUUAAUAUGAUAAUGGUCAAAUAAACCUGAUGAUAUAAAUAUAAAU